UCUUCUGCUUCCUACCCAUAAAUAAAUAGUCAGACAAAUAGAAAAGAAGAAGAAAAUGCAAGGUAUAUGGGUGUCACUGAAGCAGAGUGUUGUUCAUUGCAAGGGUAAAGCAGCAACUGAUGUAAUUAUGAACCAUAAGAAAGACCACAUUAAUUACUUCAUAUCCAAAUCCAAAUCCAAAUCCAACACCUCUACCUAUACCACAUUAAGCCCAAAUUGUGCUCCCUAUGACGGCUAUUCAUACACUGAGUUAAAUGUAGGAGACUCACCCAGGAAUGUGAUUGAAAGAAUCAUCAUAUCCACAUCAACAACAAAAUACAAUUCCAGUCAAAAAAAGAGAAACAUAGCAAAAGUCCUUAAGGUAAACCUCUCAACACAGAUGGUGGCAAGUUUUGAAAAGUACAGGGAGGAAGUGAAAGGGAAAACAUUCCCCCGACGAGGAGGAGAAGAAGGAUACACUACUGAGCAGCGGCAUCCAAGGAUCAUGGUGGAUGGGAAUGAGUUAUUACUAUUCUAUGGCACGACUACCAACUGCUCUUCUUUCAGUUCAAUUUCUUUAUCCAACCUCUGUAAUGACCCUCAUUGUCAAGUCUGCCGCACUAUUCAAUCUGGUUUCAAGACCAAUUAUGAUCUUACAACUCAGGGAAUUCGAUUGAAUACAACCAGUUGGGAAUCCCCUACCCAGAAUGUUGACCACAAGCUAAAAAAUAAUCAUAACACUAAACGGGCAGUUAUAGUUUGUCGCACCAUAGCAGGACAAAUCGGUGAUGGAGGAGGAGAUUUCAACAAGGACUAUGAUUCGGUUGUAAUUAGGGGAGCUGCUCCCAACCCAGAGUCCUUCAUUGUGAAAAACCCAAAUGCCAUCAUUCCUUGUUUCGUUGUUGUUUUCAACUGACAGUUUAUUUAUUAUUAUAGUUCACGCUGCCUAAUAUUAAUUUCAAUCUUUCAA